AUGAUGAAUUUGGAAAGAAAAUUGGAUAAAUUCGAAUUAAUGGAACUUUUAUGUCAUUCGAUUCUUCAUGAUAUCAAAAUAUUUAUUUUUUAUCGAUUAGAGUAUCCGGAUUUGAAUGGAAUUUGUGAGUUUUUUGUACUUUUUUUUUCAAAAAUCCAUGAUUUUUCUACUGAAAAAUUGAAGUUUUAUUUUCAAAAAAAUUUUCCAAAAAUCCAUGAUUUUUCUGAGAAAAAACCCUUUUUUUUUACUGAAAAAAUAAAGUUUUAUUGAUUUUUUCAAACUCAAGGAAAUUUAUAGAAAAUUUUCAAAUUUUAAUCAAGAACAUCGAAUUUUCAGCUGGAAAUUAAGAUUUUAUUGAUUUUUGAUAUUGAAAUUUUGAUCAGAAAAAUACAGUUUGUAAUUUACAAACCCAAAUCGAUAGACCUCAAAUUUUCUGCUAAAAAUUUAGAAUUUUUAAUCAAAGUUCAAAAGAUGUCUUGAAUUACCAUGUAAACCAUUUUUUACAGAUCAGAUCGGAAUUUGGAGAUUUUUGGGCAACCAAAAAUUUGGAUAUCAUGAGGAAACUGAAGUUUUCGAUGGAUUUAUUCAAUUGAAUUUGAUAUGA